GAUCAGCACAGUGAGCGUGUUCAGAUGGAGAUGCUGCUCUCAGGAUGGAAACCCAGCAGCCCGAACUGAUCCUGCUGUUCAGUGGGAAGCGAAAGUCGGGGAAAGACUAUAUAACUGGUUUAAUACAGGAAAGACUGGGUCCACACCUGUGCUGCAUCCUCAGACUUUCAGCUCCCCUAAAAGCUCAGUAUGCGCAGGACCAUGGACUGGACUAUGAGCAGCUGCUGAGUGCAGAUCAGUACAAGGAGACGUACCGGGCUGAUAUGAUCCAGUGGGGUGAGAGUAAGAGACUGCAGGACCCCGGCUUUUUCUGCCGUCUGGCCAUUCGUGGCGCCACCCAACCAGUGUGGAUUGUGAGCGACUGCAGACGGAUGUCAGAUUUACAGUGGUUCUGGAAGGAAUAUCCGCAGCAGUGCGUCAGUGUCCGAGUGGAGGCAUCGGAGCAGACCAGAGUCCAGAGGGGCUGGAGGUUCACUGCAGGAGUAGACGAUGCAGAGUCCGAAUGCGGCCUGGAUCAGGGAGUGAACUUUGACUGGACCAUAAGCAAUGACGGAGAUGCUACUCUUCUUGAAGGACAGCUUGAGAGGCUACUGUCAUUGGCUAGGGAGAGAUCACAAUGACCCAAGAUCAUAAGACAGCAUCAGACUGCAUAAACGGUAAAGAUGAGACUCUCCUGGAGGAAAAUGUGCUGCUAUUCCGGACCAUGUCGAACUGAGAAGAUAGUGUUUCAAGAUCCUCUGGAAUGAUGGGCAUUUUUAUUAGAAUCAAGCAUAUUUGUUAAAUGUCAUGUAUUUUGACUGACCGCUGUUCAUUUCAGUAUUGCAUCUGUGCCUUUUUGCUUUCUCUUUUUGAAGAACCCAAUCGCAGACUGUCAGUCAUUUGAACAGUUUGUAGUUUUAAAGGGGCUCAAUUUAAGGAAAGCUCGAUAAAAGAACAAGCACAAAACAGUUAAAGGUUGUAUUCUUAAUGAGGUAUAGUUCACUGUACAUCAGGAAAUAUUCCACCUACACUACAUAAAGCCACAGUCAUGAUUCAGAACUGGUUUUUUGCGUUGUGGCAUUUUUUUUUUUGGAUAAAUAUUGUGUAUGCAGUGCCUUGGAAAGAUCCUAAUAAACAGGAAAAAUACACAA